AUGCGGAGCGAUGGAGACCUGCUCUCCGUUUACAUUGGAGACAGCGUGACUUUGCCUUGUUCUUUCGCCUCCAGCAGCAAACAUCUAAGCUGGUACCAGCAGAGAGUCGGGAAGCAGCCUCAGAUCAUCUCCUCCAUCUAUAAACGUUCAAACUCCAACAGCUUCUACAAGCCGUUUAACAACAGACGCUUUUCAGUUCAUACAGGAGGAGAGCUCUACAGUCUGAGCAUCUCUGAUGUCCAGAACUCAGACUCUGCCAUGUAUUACUGUGGACACACCAGCAUCACCAUCACAGAGUUUGACAGAGGAACCUUUCUGAUGAUGAACGUCUGGUUGUCAGAUUCCAGUUGCAGGUCGUUGAUCCAGGAGCCAGACUGGGACUCGACGCUGAACUGCACGCUGCUAACUGGAACCAGUGAAGAGGAAGGCAGAGUUUAUUGGUUCCUGCAGGAGUCUGGAGGCUUCAGCUGGGGAAGCGUGGACAUGCAGUCAGGCAGCAGCAGUGAGAGCGGCUCUGCACAUCACAGCUGCGACUUCACUUCACCACAGAGGAGCGCGUCUGAUGGCGGGACGUCCCUCUGCGCCGUGGCUGCAUGUGGACACAUCCUGAGGCUGCAUGCUGGAGAGAAACAGAGCGCCCCUCCCUCUGUGCUGAUGCUCUGUGCGGCUGCAGCUCUGACCGUGUCCGCCAUUUUCAACAUCCUCUUUAUCUGUGUUUUCUGCAUGAAGUGCAGAAGAAAACAUCCUGAAGGGUCACAGCAUCAGUCAGAGGUCACCGCUGACAGUCAGAAUCAGGAUUCUCCCGCUGUUCAGUACGUCGCUCUGGACUUCAAACUGAGACGACAGACGAGCCGCAUACGGAGGAGCACCGAGGAGAGCGUGUACUCUGCAGUCAGAGGAUCACACUGAGGAUCACCAUCACCUCUUUUUCAGUUUUUUUCACCUUUGUAUGUUUUCUGUUUCGAAAGACAUUUAAACAUGUCUAACCUUUUAAUUUGUAGCUUUAAAAAUCAAAAAAAUCCAAGAGAGUAAAAAAAUUCCAUUCUAAAUAAAAACUAUGUGUUUUAUUUGUUUUUCCACAAAAAGAUUCAGUGACUCUUACUGACAAAAGAUACAAAUUAAAAACCUCACAGUUGCACAACUCUAAAGCAUCACACACGUUGGAGAGGCUGAAAAAGUUCAUUCAUUUUCCUGACC